CCUUGCAACUUGAGAGCGUUGUUGUGUUCUUCUCGUACAAACAGUUGCUGCAACUAUUUAAACUCCCCUUGUUCUAUCCCCUGCCCUAACACUCAUAUUCUUCCUACGAGGUUACAUUAUAUCUGCUCCACAAAUCAUCUCCAUAUCCUCAUCAUCCUCUGUGAACAAGCACCUCAAUUUUACUAUCCAACAUGGACAAUAACAAUCUAGCCACCACCCUGAGCAAUGAUCCUGCCAUUAACGCACCUGAUACCGCGACAUUGGGCAGCGGCAAGGGCAAGGCUACGCAGGAUUCUGAUGCGAUGGAUAUGAGCAUAGGCGAAAAUGAAAGCGAUGAGAGUGAAAAUGACGAAAGUAUGGAAGAAGAAGAUGAGGAUGACAAAGAUGACCUCCCGCCAAUCUCUGAAAAGAACAUCAUUAGUGGCGGGCGAAGGACACGUGGAAAGGUCAUCGAUUUCACGGCCGCCGAGAAAAAGCUCAACGAUGAUGAGGGUGAGGAUGAUGAAGAUGAUGAAGACUUUGAACCUGGAAACAACGACGACAAUAUGCGAGACUAAAUCAGAUUGCUUUACGGCUCAUACAAUCUCCUUAGAAACAGGGCAAGCCAUCGACGCUGGUUUAUUGGGGUAUUGAUUGGUUUCUUCGGCAGGAUUUGGUUGCAGGCUUCAGCUGUACAGGAACGACCACAGAGAGCAACUGUAAAAGGCAUAGCCUUCUGAUCCGCAUGGCCAAUGUACUCCUAGACAGCUCAUGCCGGUAUAAUAGCCUCUCAUACAGGAUAGGUCAGUUUCGACAAGACGCAACAUAAUAUUGUGUUCUGCUGGAGUCAGCAAAGGCCGUGGUAUAAAAGGGUAUACAACUAUCCCCGAGCUCAAGUCUGCAGCAAAUAACAUAAAUCAAUUAAUGCUUAGGGCAGGCCACAUGGCCCGCUGAC